GAUUACGGAGCCAUGUAUCUGAAUCCCCUGGUAAUCUGGCUAGUUGGCACCGAAGAGUGAGGUGCUUGGAGGCUGUAGCUCGGCCUCUUGGCCAUGGAGACAGGGGGGCCUCCUGCUGCACCAGGCCAGCCUGGCCAACCCGGUCAGCCAGGCCCGGUGCUGGGGCUUCGGAGUCUCUCCUUUGCCUACCAGGGAUUGCUAGAGAUCCCCUACGAAGUCAUACUAGCCCAGCGAGACACCCUGGAAGUGUUGGACCUCAGCUACAACCUGCUGGAGGAGAGCCCAGCUCUCCUGGGUGAACUGGAGAAGCUCAGUACUCUGAUCCUGGACUGCAACAGCUACUCGUCCCACGUCAAGUUCCCCUACAUGCCUAGUGUCACCACCGUGUGGAUCAACAAGAAUAAGAUCGGCAACCUGCCCAUCUUCGUUGAGGAGAUCCGAAGCAAGUUCCCCAACAUCAAGAUUGUCAGCAUGAUGAACAAUGAAGCAGCACCCAGCUACUUCAAUGGAGGGAAUCUAGACCAGUACAUAGACUACAGGCAGUAUGUGAUCAGUCAGAUCCCAAGCCUGAAGAUCCUGGAUGACGCUGAGGUUUUGGAUAAAGAGAGAGCACAGGCUAAGAAGACCUAUAGGAUGCAGAGGACCAGAGAAGGCAGCAAAAGGAGGAAGGAACUCCAUCAUUGAAUCCCUCCAUAACACUGCUCCCUAUCGAACUGAACUUUAUCAAAGAUUUAUCAAGAUGAGAAAAUAAUCAUUGUAUAGAUAGAUGACUAGUUCAAGGCAAGUUAGCACCAUUUGCAAAUAUAUGAAAAUGAAUAUGGCAUAACUUACUUAUGACUUUUCUAUGGAUAAGAGUGAAAUAUAAGCUGAAAUAUGGAAUUGUUUUAAGAUGGUCAUGCGAUGGAUCAUUUAGCUAUUUAGAA